AUUCUGUUUUUCUGAAUUGUCCUUUUUCAUCUAGAUCCAAACGUUUGGAUUGGAGGCACCGUGCAAGACAGUGGACGAUCUCACAAGUGGGAUUGUCAUGGCCCAGGCCCUACAGAAAAUGUAAGUGUCAGUGAUUUACACCUUUGUACUGUUUUACUUUUGAACUGCUGGAAAUGAGUUUUGUGAAACCAUCAAACCAACCUUUUAGUGGGUAUUGUGGCUAGGUAUUGUGGCUAGGCGUUGUAGCUAGGUUUGUGGCUAGGUGUUGUGGCUAGAUAUUGUGGCUAGGCGUUGUAGCUAGGCGUUGUAGCUAGGCGUUGUAGCUAGGUAUUGUGGCUAGGUGUUGUGGCUAGGCGUUGUGGCUAGGCGUUGUAGCUAGAUAUUGUGGCUAGGCGUUGUAGCUAGGUUUUGUGGCUAGGCGUUGUAGCUAGGUAUUGUGGCUAGGCGUUGUAGCUAGGUGUUGUGGCUAGGUUUUGUGGCUAGGCGUUGUAGCUAGGUUUUGUGGCUAGGUGUUGUAGCUAGAUAUUGUGGCUAGGCGUUGUAGCUAGGCGUUGUAGCUAGGCGUUGUAGCUAGGUAUUGUGGCUAGGUGUUGUGGCUAGGCGUUGUGGCUAGGCGUUGUAGCUAGAUAUUGUGGCUAGGCGUUGUAGCUAGGUUUUGUGGCUAGGCGUUGUAGCUAGGUAUUGUGGCUAGGCGUUGUAGCUAGAUAUUGUGGCUAGGCGUUGUAGCUAGAUAUUGUGGCUAGGCGUUGUAGCUAGGUGUUGUGGCUAGGUAUUGUGGCUAGGCGUUGUAGCUAGGUUUUGUGGCUAGGUGUUGUAGCUAGAUAUUGUGGCUAGGCGUUGUAGCUAGGCGUUGUGGCUAGGUAUUGUGGCUAGGUGUUGUGGCUAGGUGUUGUAGCUAGGUGUUGUGGCUAGGUGUUGUGGCUAGGUGUUGUAGCUAGGUGUUGUAGCUAGGCGUUGUGGCUAGGUGUUGUAGCUAGGUGUUGUGGCUAGGUGUUGUAGCUAGGCGUUGUAGCUAGGUAUUGUGGCUAGGCGUUGUAGCUUCUCUCUUCACUUUCUUUCUCCCAAUUGUGACCACUUACCUUUCUCUUCUCCAGAGACAUUGUGUAUUUCACUGACAACUGGAUCAGUAGGAUCAAGCCUGAGGUGGGAGAUAACUGGCGGCUAAAGGUAUGAUGGUGAUACAUGGUGGUCGUUUUAAUACAUUGUCUUUUUUGUGUUGCUGUCAUCUGCUCUCAAGCCUUUGUCAUACAUGUCCAUUCCCUUGUCAGUGUCACAUUCCCAAUCUCACAUCUUCACUCCUCUUUUCAGAUCAGUAAUCUAAAGAAGGUGUUGAAAGGUAUACUGGACUACAACCAGGAGGUCCUACAGCAGCAGAUCGAUGACUUCACGCUGCCAGACAUCAGCCUGAUAGGAGAACACUCAGACGCUGCAGAGCUGGGCAGGAUGCUGCAACUCAUACUAGGCUGCGCUGUCAACUGUGAGCAGAAACAAGGUGUGUCUGUCUGUCUGUCUGUCUGUCUGUCUGUCUGUCUGUCUGUCUGCUCAGCAUGGGCUUGGCUACCUGGUAUAUUAGUGAUGGGGACAAAAUCCAUACAGUUACAUAUCGGGAUAUUAUUUUUGACGAUAUAUCGUAUAUAGUUCUGACAAUAUCGCAAUAUUAUUUUUGCGCUAGUUUGCUGUACCUGCACCAAAACUCAUUGUUUUACAGUACUUUUAUUUCCAUGACUGAUCAAAACUCAUUUUCUCAUGGCUCUCUCUUGUCCUCUACAGCAGGUGAGCAAUAUGUUUGUCCUAGAGUUAUUAUUGUGUUGUCCUGGAGUUAUUAUUGUACACAGCCUUGUCCUAGAGUUAAUAUUGUACACAGCCUUGUCCUGGAGUUAUUAUUGUACACAGCCUUGUACUAGAGUUAUCAUUUAGUUAUUAUUGUACACAUCCUUGUCCUAGAGUUAUUAUUGUACACAGCCUUCUCCUAGAGGUAUUAUUGUACACAGCCUUGUCCUAGAGGUAUUAUUGAGUUAUUGUACACUGCCUUGUCCUAUAGUUAUUAGUGUACACAGCCUUGUCCUAGUUAUCAUUGAGUUAUUAGUGUACACAUCCUUGUCUUGAGAGUUAUUACAACACAGCGUUAUCCUAGAGGUAUUACAGUUCACAGCCUUGUCCUAGAGGUAUUAUUGUACACAGCCUUCUCCUAGAGGUAUUAUUGAGUUAUUGUACACUGCCUUCUCCUCGAGGUAUUAUUGUACACAGCAGGUAUUAUUGUACACAGCCUUGUACUAGAGUUAUUAUUGUACACAGCCUUCUCCUAGAGGUAUUAUUGUACACAGCCUUGUCCUAGAGUUAUCAUUGAGUUAUUAGUGUACACAGACUUGUCCUAGAGUUAAUGAGGUAUUAGUGUACACAGCCUUGUCCUAGAGUUAUCAUUGAGUUAUUAGUGUACACAGACUUGUCCUAGAGUUAUUGAACACAGCCUUGUCCUAGAGUUAUAAUUGUAUGCAGACUUUUCCUAGUUAUCAUUGAGUUAUUAGUGUACACAUCCUUGUCUUGAGAGUUAUUACAACACAGCCUUCUCCUAGAGGUAUUAUUGAGUUAUUGUACACUGCCUUCUCCUAGAGGUAUUAUUGUACACAGCCUUGUCCUAGAGUUAUCAUUGAGUUAUUAGUGUACACAGACUUGUCCUAGAGUUAAUGAGGUAUUAGUGUACACAGCCUUGUCCUAGAGUUAUCAUGGAGUUAUUAGUGUACACAGACUUGUCCUAGAGUUCUAAUACACAGCCUUGUCCUGAAGUUAUUAUUGUACAAAGCCUUGUCCUAGUUAUCAUUGAGUUAUUAGUGUACACAUCCUUGUCUUGAGAGUUAUUACAACACAGCCUUCUCCUAGAGGUAUUAUUGAGUUAUUGUACACUGCCUUCUCCUAGAGGUAUUAUUGUACACAGCCUUGUACUAGAGUUAUUAUUGUACACAGCCUUCUCCUAGAGGUAUUAUUGUACACAGCCUUCUCCUAGAGGUAUUAUUGUACACAGCCUUGUCCUAGAGUUAUCAUUGAGUUAUUAGUGUACACAGACUUGUCCUAGAGUUAAUGAGGUAUUAGUGUACACAGCCUUGUCCUAGAGUUAUCAUUGAGUUAUUAGUGUACACAGACUUGUCCUAGAGUUAUUGGACACAGCCUUGUCCUAGAGUUAUAAUUGUAUGCAGACUUUUCCUAGUUAUUAUUGAGUUAUUAUUGUACACAGCCUUGUCCUGGAGUUAUUAUUGUACAAAGCCUUGUCCUAGUUAUCAUUGAGUUAUUAGUGUACACAGCCUUGUCUUGAGAGUUAUUACAACACAGCGUUAUCCUAGAGGUAUUACAGUUCACAGCCUUGUCCUAGAGGUAUUAUUGUACACAGCCUUCUCCUAGAGGUAUUAUUGUACAAAGCCUUGUCCUUGAGGUAUUAUUGUACACAGCCUUGUCCUAGAUGUAUUAUUGUACACAGCCUUCUCCUAGAGGUAUUAUUGUACAAAGCCUUGUCCUUGAGGUAUUAUUGUACACAGCCUUGUCCUAGAGUUAAUGAGGUAUUAGUGUACACAGCCUUGUCCUAGAGUUAUCAUUGAGUUAUUAGUGUACACAGACUUGUCCUAGAGUUAUUGUACACAGCCUUGUCCUAGAGUUAUAAUUGUAUGCAGACUUUUCCUAGUUAUUAUUGAGUUAUUAUUGUACACAGCCUUGUCCUGGAGUUAUUAUUGUACAAAGCCUUGUCCUAGAGGUAUUAUUGUACACAGCCUUGUCCUAGAGGUAUUAUUGAGUUAUUGUACACUGCCUUGUCCUAGAGUUAUUAGUGUACACAGCCUUGUCCUAGAGUUAUCAUUGAGUUAUUAGUGUACACAGACUUGUCCUUGAAUUAUUAUUGUACAGACUUGUCUUGAGAUAUUAUUGUACACAGCCUUGUCCUGGGGUUAUUAUUGAGUUAUUAUUGUACACAGCCUUGUCCUAGAGUUAUUAUUGUCUGCAGACUUUUCCUAGUUAUUAUUGAGCUAUUAUUGUACACAGCCUUGUCCUAGAGUCUCUAGACAGUACACAGCCUUGUCCUCGAGUCUAGACAGUACACAGCCUUGUCCUAGAGUCUAGACAGUACACAGCCUUGUCCUAGAGUCUAGACAGUACACAGCCUUGUCCUAGAGUCUAGACAGUACACAGCCUUGUCCUAGAGUCUAGACAGUACACAGCCUUGUCCUAGAGUCUAGACAGUACACAGCCUUGUCCUAGAGUCUAGACAGUACACAGCCCUGUCCUAGAGUCUCUAUACAGUUCAAAGCCUUGUCCUAGAGUCUAGACAGUACACAGCCUUGUCCUAGAGUCUAGACAGUACACAGCCUUGUCCUAGAGUCUAGACAGUACACAGCCUUGUCCUAGAGUCUCUAAACAGUACACAGCCUUGUCCUAGAGUCUAGACAGUACACAGCCUUGUCCUAGAGUCUAGACAGUACACAGCCUUGUCCUAGAGUCUAGACAGUACACAGAGUUCAGUUGAGGAAGUGAGGAAGAUGAGGCUUCCAGUUUAUCUCACGGCUUCAUCACAUUCAGUUCUUGUCAUUGUGCAACAGAGUGCUUCUUAGACUGAACAUGUAGUCAUUCGUCCUGUCUUCCUCUGCCCCUCUAGAAUACAUCCAGACCAUAAUGAUGUUGGAGGAAUCUGUUCAACAUGUUGUCAUGACAGCCAUUCAAGAGGUAAGCCUUUGUAAACAUUUGAAAUGGGUGUGUUUUUUACUCUGUGUCCUUAUAUGACAUACUACACUGUAUGGUCUCCAUGUGUUGUAGCUGAUGACAUCACACUGUAUGGUCUCCAUGUGUUGUAGCUAAUGACAUCACACUGUGUGGUCUCCAUGUGUUGUAGCUGAUGACAUCACACUGUAUGGUCUCCAUGUGUUGUAGCUGAUGACAUCACACUGUAUGGUCUCCAUGUGUUGUAGCUGAUGACAUCACACUGUAUGGUCUCCAUGUGUUGUAGCUGAUGACAUCACACUGUAUGGUCUCCAUGUGUUGUAGCUGAUGACAUCACACUGUAUGGUCUCCAUGUGUUGUAGCUGAUGACAUCACACUGUGUGUGGUCUCCAUGUGUUGUAGCUGAUGACAGCACACUGUAUGGUCUCCAUGUGUUGUAGCUGAUGACAUCACACUGUAUGUGGUCUCCAUGUGUUGUAGCUGAUGACAUCACACUGUAUGGUCUCCAUGUGUUGUAGCUGAUGACAUCACACUGUAUGUGGUCUCCAUGUGUUGUAGCUGAUGACAUCACACUGUAUGGUCUCCAUGUGUUGUAGCUGAUGACAUCACACUGUAUGUGGUCUCCAUGUGUUGUAGCUGAUGACAUCACACUGUGUGUAGUCUCCAUGUGUUGUAGCUGAUGACAUCACACUGUAUGGUCUCCAUGUGUUGUAGCUGAUGACAUCACACUGUAUGGUCUCCAUGUGUUGUAGCUGAUGACAUCACACUGUGUAUGGUCUCCAUAUGUUUUAGCUGAUGACAUCACACUGUGUAUGGUCUCUGUGUUGUAGCUGAUGACAUCACACAGUGUAUGGUCUCUGUGUUGUAGCUGAUGACAUCACACUGUGUAUGGUCUCUGUGUUGUAGCUGAUGAGCAAAGAGUGUCCAGUUAUGGGAGGAAACGACUCGUACGCUGACAUAGAUAGACAGGUAAGAUGUUGCAGCGAAUGUUCUCUUGCUACAUUACAUUGUGUCUUAACAGAAUAAACAUUAUUUAGUGUAUCAGCCUUUUGUUUGGAUUCUUCCAUGUUAGUUCUGACGUAUUAGUUCUGUUUCCAGCUGAAGAAGACGGUGGAGGAUCUGAACCAGGCUCUAGCCACCAAGGAGGAGAUCGCACAGAGAUGUCACGAGCUGGACAUGCAGGUUGGCCUUAAGUUUGGUUCUAUUCCUUUACGUAAACAGGGCUCUCUCUGACUUCAAUUAGAUACUGGACAGCUGUAGUUCAAGGUCAUGGUUCACUAUGGUGUCCUAUAGUUGAAAGUAAGUCAAACCUUUGUUAUAAUGGUUGUUGGAAUGAAUAUCCUCAGUGCAAUGGUUAAAACCUACAUAUGAAGACCAUGGGUAAAGGUUUACAGUAGAGGUCUUCACUGGUCCAAAAAGUUGGACCCAUUCCAAAAUGGAUCAGUGGCUUUUCAACCCGAUCCCGAUAUGCAUAAAUACAUUUUCAAAAAAUGAGACACGUUCCAAAUGGACCUGAGGACAGUCAGACCCGUUCCGAAUGGACCUGAGGACAGUCAGUCCCGUUCCAUGGACCUGAGGACAGUCAGUCCCGUUCCAUGGACCUGAGGACAGUCAGUCCCGUUCCAUGGACCUGAGGACAGUCAGUCCCGUUCCAUGGACCUGAGGACAGUCAGUCCCGUUCCAUGGACCUGAGGACAGUCAGUCCCGUUCCAUGGACCUGAGGACAGUCAGACCCGUUCCGAAUGGACCUGAGGACAGUCAGACCCGUUCCGAAUGGACCUGAGGACAGUCAGACACUUUUCGAAUGGACAUGAGGACAGUCAGACCCGUUCCGAAUGGACAUGAGGACAGUCAGACUCGUUCCGAAUGGACAUGAGGACAGUCAGACCCGUUCCGAAUGGACCUGAGGACAGUCAGACUCGUUCCGAAUGGACAUGAGGACAGUCAGACCCGUUCCGAAUGGACAUGAGGACAGUCAGACCCGUUCCGAAUGGACAUGAGGACAGUCAGACCCGUUCCGAAUGGACAUGAGGACAGUCAGACCCGUUCCGAAUGGACAUGAGGACAGUCAGACCCGUUCCGAAUGGACAUGAGGACAGUCAGACCCGUUCCGAAUGGACAUGAGGACAGUCAGACCCGUUCCGAAUGGACAUGAGGACAGUCAGACCCGUUCCGAAUGGACCUGAGGACAGUCAGACCCGUUCCAUGGACCUGAGGACAGUCAGACCCGUUCCGAAAAGGCUUGUGGAAAAACAGACCCAAACAAUCCGGUGCUGGUUCAGAUCCGAGAGUAGAAAGAGUGAUAAAGAACCCUCUGACUGGGCGCUGCCAGCGCCAUCAAUAAACGAGGGAGAUUUGGCCAAAUGAUCCACGUCAAACACAACAUUUACAGUUGGAACUUAAUUUGGCCAAAGAAAAUGGCUGAAUAGAAUGAAACAAAACAUUUUAAUAAAGAACUGGUUUAAAUUUUCACAAAAGUUUUGAACAGGCCUAUUUUGCAGCAAUUACCAACAAAGGCAAGUGCCUACCCAACAAAUGACAACAAUAGGCUAAUGCUAUUUAUUUUAUAACAGGCCUACUUUUAACCUAUCUUAAACUAAAUACGGAGCACAAAAUUAAAAAGACACUUCGAACUUAAUUUAGCCCACUCAUAAAAAUAAAACAAAACACUUUUUGCAUAUUUAAAUAACUAUUUGAGAUUUUUAAAUAGGCCUAAAAUAAUAAUAAUGAUAAAACAAAUUAUAAUAAAUACGAAAAUAAAUAAUAGAAAUAUAGAAAAUUGCAUCAAACCGGAAUAGCGAGAUUCACACGGUCCAUUUGGCCGUGCCAACGUUCUUCUCAUGAUUCACACGGUCCAUUUGGCCGUGCCAACGUUCUUCUCAUGAUUCACACGGUCCAUUUGGCUGUGCCAACGUUCUUCUCAUGAUUCACACGGUCCAUUUGGCCGUGCCAACGUUCUUCUCAUCUUUGUCCACUACAAUGUUAAACUUUGUCCGCGAGGACAUUCCCCUUGUCGGCUUCUUUUCACUACACUCUUUCUUCUCUAAUUAUGUUUUACUUCAGUGAAAAAGGCCUCCAUCUUCUCAAUCAACAGUAGCCUGGACAAGGCUCCUUUCACUUGCUGUCUUUCUCCUCAGCAGCAGGCACACGUGAGGUGAGCAGCCGGAACCAGUUUCAGCUGGACUUUACUGUCAGCUAUAUGUUUCAUUGAGUUGCAACUGGCUGACACAGAUAUCAAGCUUGCACAGUUCUCAUUACCCCACACAAAUUAAAUGAACAGAGGACAGUUCUCAUUACCCCACACAAAUUAAAUAAUAUAAUAUAAUAUAAUAUGCCAUUUAGCAGACGCUUUUAUCCAAAGCGACUUACAGUCAUGCGUGCAUACAUUUUUGUGUAUGGGGUGGUCCCGGGGAUUGACCCACUACCUUUGCGUUACAAGCGCCGUGCUCUACCAGCUGAGCUAGAGAGGACCACAGAGGACAGUUGAACAGAGGACAGUUCUCAUUACCCCACACAAAUUAAAUGAACAGAGGACAGGUUCAGUCGGUAAAUACAUUUUAAUUGCACAUACCCGAGACCCUUAUUAUAAACUUCCUUUUUCAGGACCCUGUCUUUCAAAGAUAAUUCGUAAAAAUCGAAAUGACUUCACAGAUCUUUAUUGUAAAGGGUUUAAACACUGUUUCCCAUGCUUGUUCAAUGAACCAUAAACAAUUAAUGAACAUGCACUUGUGGAACAGUCGUUAAGACACUAACAGCUUACAGACAGUAGGCAAUUAAGGUCACAGUUAUGAAAACUUAGGACACUAAAGAGGCCUUUUUACUGACUCUGAAAAACACCAAAAGAAAGAUGCCCAGGGUCACUGCUCACCUGCGUGAACGUGCCUUAGGCAUGCUGCAAGGAAAAAUGAGGACUGCAGAUGUGGCCAGGGCAAUAAAUUGCAAUGUCUGUACUGUGAGACGCCUAAGACCUCGCAGUGGCAGACCACGUCUAACAACACCUGCACAGGAUCGGUAAAUCCGAACAUCACACCUGCGGGACAGGUGCAGGAUGGCAACAACAACUGCCCGAGUUACACCAGGAACGCACAAUCCCUCCAUCAGUGCUCAGACUGUCCGCAAUAGGCUGAGAGAGGCUGGACUGAGGGCUUGUAGGCCUGUUGUAAGGCAGGUCCUCACCAGACAUCACCGGCAACAACGUCGCCUAUGGGCACAAACCCACCAUCGCUGGACCAGACAGGACUGGCAAAAAGUGCUCUUCACUGACGAGUCGCGGUUUUGUCUCACCAGGGGUGAUGGUCGGAUUCGCGUUUUAUUGUUGAAGGAAUGAGCGUUACACCGAGGCCUGUACUCUGGAGCGGGAUCGAUUUGUAGGUGGAGGGUCCGUCAUGGUCUGGGGCGGUGUGUCACAGCAUCAUCGGACUGAGCUUGUUGUCAUUGCAGGCAAUCUCAACGCUGUGCGUUACAGGGAAGACAUCCUCCUCCCUCAUGUGGUACCCUUCUUGCAGGCUCAUCCUGACAUGACCCUCCAGCAUGACAAUACCACCAGCCAUACUGCUCGUUCUGUGCGUGAUUUCCUGCAAGACAGGAAUGUCAGUGUUCUGCCAUGGCCAGCGAAGAGCCCGGAUCUCAAUCCCAUUGAGCACGUCUGGGACCUGUUGGAUCGGAGGGUGAGGGCUAGGGCCAUUCCCCCCCAGAAAUGUCUGGGAACUUGCAGGUGCCUUGGUGGAAGAGUGGGGUAACAUCUCACAGCAAGAACUGGCAAAUCUGGUGCAGUCCAUGAGGAGAAGAUGCACUGCAGUACUUAAUGCAGCUGGUGGCCACACCAGAUACUGACUGUUACUUUUGAUUUUGACCCCCCCUUUGUUCAGGGACACAUUAUUUCAUUUCUGUUUGUCACAUGUCUGUGGAACUUGUUCAGUUUAUGUCUCAGUUGUUGAAUCUUGUUAUGUUCAUACAAAUAUUUACACAUGUUAGGUUUGCUGAAAAUGAACGCAGUUGACAGUGAGAGGACAUUUAUUUUGUUGCUGAGUUUAAAUCAGACCCGACCCAGAUCCGAGACAAAAGUCAGAAUUUAGGACCCGAAUUUGGAGUCUGUUGGACCUGUGAAAACCUCUAAACAUGGUAGGACUGCAUUCAAUUUAGGCUAUCUGAUCCCACCAAUAACACCAAAUGGCAUCCAGCUUUUCUACAUUCUAGUAUUCUAGAACUGAGUACUGUAUUCCAUCUGUUCUCUGCUCUAUUUGAUAACAUUGUCCUGUUCUAUUCUAUCCUAUUCUAUUCUAUUCUCCUGUUAUAUUCUAUUCCCUCCUUUCUAUUUCAUUCUCCCUGUUCUAUUCUAUUAUCCUUCUAGGCAUUCUCCUGUUAUUUAUACCAAAUUCCUGUUUUUAUCAGUUUUUUCUGUUAUUCUAUUCCCUUUCUAUUCAUUCCUGUUUAUUUUAUUCAUGUUCUAUUUAUUUCCGGGUUUUAUCUAUUUCCGUUCUAUUCUAUUUCCUUUUAUAUUUCUGUUCCGUUCUAUUUCGGUUAUCUAUUUCUGUUAUUAUUUCCCGUUUUAUUCUAUUUCGUUCUUUCUAUUCUCCUGUUCUUUUAUUCAAUUUUUUUUUGGUUUUUUAUUCUAUUUAUUUUUGUUUUUAUUUGAUUUCCCCGAUUCUUUCCCUUAUUCUCUUUUCCCUAUUCUAUUCCCCGUUUAUUCAUUUUCCUUUCUAUUCUAUUUUCCCUUUUUUUAAAUUUCUUUUAUUUUUUUAUUUCUAAAGUUUUCCCUUUAAAUAUUUCCCCGGGUUUUUAUUUCCCCGGUUCUAUUCGAUUCGGGGGGGUUCUUUUAUUAAAGGGUUUCAUUUUUUCCCUCCUUUUUUUCUAUCUUUCAAAUGUUUAUUCUUUUUCUCUGUUAUAUUCUAUUCUUCCAUGUUAUUUUUGGUUUUUUGGUUUCUAUUUCUUUUCUCCUUUUUAUUCUAAUUCCCCUGUUCUUUUUUUCUUUUUUCAUUAUCCUUUCUAUUCUUUCCCCUCUGUUCUUUUUCUAUUUUUCCUUUUUCUAUUUUUGGGUUUUAAUUCUUUUUUUUACAUGUUUUUUCCCUUUUUAAAUUCUAUUCUCCUUUUCUAUUCUAUUCCCCGUUCUUUUCUUUUUUCCCUUUUAUUUAUUCCCUGUUCUUUUCUAUUUCCUGUUCAAAUUCUUUUCUCCUUUUCUUUUUCUUUUUCCCCUUUCUAUUCUCCUGUUCUAUUUCCUUUACCUGUUCUAUUCCCCUGUUCUUUUCCAAACCCUUUUUUUAAAUUUCUCCUUUUUAUUAUUUCCCCGGGUUCUAUUUUUUCAAAUUGUUCUAUUUUAUUUGGGGUAUUUUCUAUUCUUUUCUUCCUGUUCUCUUUCUAAUGUUCUAUUUUUUAUUUUUUCCUUUCCCCUUAUUUUUUUUCUCUUGUUUUUUCUCCUGUUCUUUUUUUUAUUCUAUUUUUCCUGUUAUUUUUCCUUUUUUUUCAUUUCCCCUUUAUUCUGGUUCUAUUAUAUUCUCAUGUUUAUUUAUUCCCUGUUAUUAUUCCCUGUUCUUUUCUAUUCCCCUUGUUCUAUUUAAUUUCUAUUUAUUUCUCUUUAAAUUUCCCCAUUUAUUUUUGGGUUCUUUUCUAUUCCCCUUUGUUUAUUCUUUAAUGUUUUUUAUUCCCCUGUUUAUUUUUUCCCUGUUCUACUAUUCUUGUUCUAUUUAUUUCUGUUCUAUUCUAGUUCUUUUCCUAUUCUUCCUUUUUGUUUAUUUUAUUUCUAUUAUUUCUAGGGUUCCCCUUAUUUCUAUUCUCAUUUUCUUUUCUAUUCCCGUUCUAUUCUAUUCCCCCUGUUCUAUUUUUUCCCCGGGUUUCUUCAUUUCCCCUUUCUUUUUAUUUUUCUGUUCUUUCUAUUUUUUUGUUUUUUUUAUUUCGAUUUCCCCUUUUUGUUCUAUUUUAUUUCCUUUCUAUUCAUUUUCCUGUUCUAUUUAUUCUGAUUUGGGGUUUUUAAUUAUUUCCUUUCAUUUCUUCCGUUCUAUUCUUUUUAAAUUUUUCCUUUUAAAAAUUAUUCUUUUCGAUUCCCCUUUUUCUAUUUAGUUCCCUUUUUUCUAUUCUUUUUCCCCGGUUCUAUUUAUUCCCUUUUCAUUUAUUCCCCCUUUCUUUUCCCCGUUCCUUUCUAUUUAUUCCCUGUUCUUUUUCUUUUUAAUUCCCCUUUUUUAUUUAAAAUUUGUUUUUAUGUUUUUAUCCUGUUCUAUUCAAAUUCCCCUGUUUUUUUCUUUUUCUCCUUUUUCUAUUCGUUUUCCCUUUCAUUCUUUUAUUCUUUUCCCAUUUACUGGUUCUAUUUUAAAUUUUUUCUAUUUAUUCUCCGUUUUUCAAAUUCCCCUUUUCCAUUCUUUUCUGUUCAAAUUCUUUUUUUUUGUUCUUUUUCCCCUAUUUCUUUUUUCCUGUUCUAUUUUUAUUAUCCUGUUCUAUUCUCCCUUUUCCUUUUAUUUUUCCGGGUUAUAUUAUUUUUGGUUAUUGAUUUCCUGUUCUAUUCUUUUUCCUUUUUCUUUUCCCCCUUUCUUCUGUUCUAAUUCUAUUUCCCCUGUUACCUAUUCUUUUUUUUCUAUCCCUUUUUGUUUAUUCAAUUUCCGGGUUCUAUUCUUUUUUCCCCUGGUGUUCUAUUUUUUUCCCCGGGUUCUUUUUUUUCUUUUCAUUUUCUUUCUAUUUAUUAUCCUGUUCUUUUUAAAUUUCUUUCUUUUUUUCCUGUUCUAUUUAUUUUUCCUUUUCUAUUUUUCCAUGUUUUUUAAUUAUUUUUCUGUUUAUUUCUAUUCCCCUGUUUUUUCCUUUUUCCCCUGUUCAUUUUAUUCUUUUAAAUUUUUCUUUUUUUCCCCUUUUUUUCCUGUUCUAUUUAUUCCCCUUUUCCUUUUUUAUUAUUUUGUUCAUUUCUAUUCUCCGGGUUCUAUUCUAUUUUGUUUCCACUUUCCUAUUCUCCGUUCUUUCCCUUUCCCCUGUUCUUAUUUUAUUUAAAUUGUUUAUUUUCCUGUUCAUUUUAAUUUCCUGGUUCUAUUUUUUUGUUCUAUUGAUUCCCCUUUUCUUUUCUAUUUUUCUGUUCAUUCGGUUUUUCCUGUUUAUUUAUUUCCCCGGGUUCAAUUUCCUGUUUAUUCUUUUAACCUUUUCCCCUAUUCGAUUUUUUUUCCUGUUAUUUUUAAUUUUUUCCGUUUUUUUUAUUUUUUUCUAUUUUUCCUUUUCUGUUUUUUUUUUCCUGUUCAUUCUAUUAUAUUCCCCUUUUCAUUCUUUCUCCUGUUCAAUUUUCAGGUUUAUUUUUUUAUCUAUUCUAUUCUCCUGUUCUAUUCUAUUAUCCUGGUCUAUUCUUCUCCUGUUCUAUUCUAUUCCCCUGUUCUAUUCUAUUCCCCUGUUAUAUUCUAUUCUCCUGUUCUAUUCUAUUCUCUUGUCCUGUUCUGUCUGAACUGAAACUCCAUUACUCUGUGCCUUGCUUUGAAGGCCUUCCAUGUACAGGAGCAGCGAGAUAGACUGAGGUUAGAGUAUAUUGAACUAGAGGAGAGGGUAAAUAACCUUUUUAUUCCUAAUUUCUUUCAGUCCUUGUCGUUUUGGCGUGUGAAUUUAAAGCCCUGGAUUUGAAGUCUGCUGUCUGCUUCUAUAAUAGCGUGUCCUGUUUGAAAUCCAGGCUCCUUUAACUGUGGGUGCGUCCAAAAUGGCACCCUAUUCACUAUAUUGUGCACUACUUUUGACCAGAGCCCUAUGUGAUGCCUUAUGGGCCCUGGUCAAUAGUAGUGUACUAUAUAGGGAAUAGGGUGCCAUUUGAGACCCAGCCUGUGUGCCGUAUUAGUCAGCUGUCCUGUCCUGCCCAUCUCAGUUCUGUGUGUCACCAAGCACCACCCACCCAGCCCGUCCAGACUAAUUCUCCUCCCCCUCCCCAUGUUUACUUCCUUGUGUGUUACCAAGACGUCCAUGUGGUAAGAAGUGCUUGGGUGCUUGGUCUCGGCAGCAGUCUUCUGUCUCACCAUUUUACAUUUUAGUCAUUUAUCAGAUGCUCUUAUCCAGAGCGACUUACAGGAGCAAUUAGGGUGUAGUGCCUUGCUCAAGGGGACAUUGACAGAUUUCACCUAGUCAGCUCAGGCCAGUAACCGACCUUUCGGUUACUGGCCCAACGCUCUUAACCUCUAGCCUAGAGAAUAGAGCAGUAGAGAAACAUGCAGAUGGCCAAUGGGAGUCCUCCUCAACAGAUGGCCAAUGGGGGAGCUCCUCAACAGAUGGCCAAUGGGGUCCUCCUCAACAGAUGGCCAAUGGGGUGCUCCUCAACAGAUGGCCAAUGGGGUGCUCCUCAACAGAUGGCCAAUGGGGUGCUCCUCAACAGAUGGCCAAUGGGGGUCCUCCUCAACAGAUGGCCAAUGGGGUGCUCCUCAACAGAUGGCCAAUGGGAGUCCUCCUCAACAGAUGGCCAAUGGGGUGCUCCUCAACAGAUGGCCAAUGGGGGGUCCUCCUCAACAGAUGGCCAAUGGGGGGUCCUCCUCAACAGAUGGCCAAUGGGGUGCUCCUCAACAGAUGGCCAAUGGGGUGCUCCUCAACAGAUGGCCAAUGGGGGGUCCUCCUCAACAGAUGGCCAAUGGGGAGUUAACCUACCUGGCUGCCAACUGCCAAUGGACUCAUUGGUCAUCUAUGCAGUUCCACGUCCACCUAGGUGGAGAUCCAUGCAUUAGUUAGCAUUUGCUUCUAUGCCAGAGUAGUAGGGUAUUGUGGCUGGAGAAGAGAGUUCUUUAAGAACUUUCACUUUAAGAUGUCUCUCUGGAGCCAGAAGAAAACACGUUUGUUGUUGAACUGGUGUUUUAGGGCUAGCUGUUUCACACUACAGUAGGUCUCUGUGUUUUAGGGUUAGGUGUUUCACAGUACUGUAGGUCUCUGUGUUUUAGGGUUAGGUGUUUCACAGUACUGUAGGUCUCUGUGUUUUAGGGUUAGGUGUUUCACAGUACUGUAGGUCUCUGUGUUUUAGGGUUAGCUGUUUCACAGGACAGUAGGUCUCUGUGUUUUAGGGUUAGCUGUUUCACAGGACAGUAGGUCUCUGUGUUUUAGGGUUAGCUGUUUCACAGGACAGUAGGUCUCUGUGUUUUAGGGUUAGCUGUUUCACAGGACAGUAGGUCUCUGUGUUUUAGGGUUAGGUGUUUCACAUGACAGUAGGUCUCUGUGUUUUAGGGUUAGCUGUUUCACAGGACAGUAGGUCUCUGUGUUUUAGGGCUAGCUGUUUCACAGGACAGUAGGUCUCUGUGUUUUAGGGUUAGCUGUUUCACAGGACAGUAGGUCUCUGUGUUUUAGGGUUAGGUUGCUUUAUCAGCUGCUGAGCUACAUUUCACUUAAGCUGCCUGUUUUAAUGAAGUCAUACACAGUAGGUAGAACCACCAUGACUGUUUCUGAACACACCACUCCUGCUUGGCUUCUGUGUGGAGUGAGUUUGAUCCUGCCAUCACGUUGUUGAGAAGGCCACAUAAAAGCAUGUUGCCCAGUUGGCACUGGAAAAGAGUUUGUGGGUUUGUUUUGUGUGCUUGCUUUUUUCCUGAUUUGAAAUCAAUUGUAUGUGAUCAUGAAAUGCGGUCAUGAAAAAAAAGUUUUGCUGUUGAAGAACAAUUCAGAUUUGUAACUACUGUACCUUUCAUGUAUACAAAAGAGAAAACUCUGAUAUUCUUGUAAAGACUGAAGUAAAUAGCAGAUGGUUGGUAUAUGUAAUUACACAUCUGCCCCCCCAGGUGGCAGCACUACAGGAGGAGAGGGGUAGUCUCCUGGCUGAGAACCAGAUCCUCAUGGAGCGUCUCAACCAGUCGGACUCCAUAGAAGACCUGAACAGCCCUGUGGGACGCAGACACCUGCAGCUGCAGACACACCUAGAACAGCUCCAGGAGGAGACCUUCAGGUAAGACCCCUAGGUCCAUCUGGGGGGGGGUGGAGCCUAGGUCCAGUCUGGGGGGUGGAGCCUAGGUCCAGGGGUGGAGCACUAGGUCCAGUCUGGGGGGGUGGAGCCUAGGUCCAGUCUGGGGGGGUGGAGCCUAGGUCCAGUCUGGGGGGGUGGAGCCUAGGUCCAGUCUGGGGGUGUGGAGCCUAGGUCCAGUCUGGGGGGGUGGAGCCUAGGUCCAGUCUGGGGGGGUGGAGCCGAGGUCCAGUCUGGGGGGUGGAGCCUAGGUCCAGUCUGGGGGGUGUGGAGCCUAGGGUCCAGUCUGGGGGGUGGAGCCUAGGUCCAGAUCUGGGGGGGUGGAGCCUAGGUCCAGUCUGGGGGGGGUGGAGCCUAGGUCCAGUCUGGGGGGGGUGGAGCCUAGGUCCAGUCUGGGGGGGUGGAGCCUAGGUCCAGUCUGGGGGGUGGAGCCUAGGUCCAGUCUGGGGGGUGGAGCCUAGGUCCAGUCUGGGGGGUGGAGCCUAGGUCCAGUCUGGGGGGGUGGAGCCUAGGUCCAGUCUGGGGGGUGGAGGAGGUCUUGACAGGGAGGGAGAUGGGCUGGGGUGGAGGAGGGCUUGACAUGGAGGGAGAUGGGUUGGGGUGGAGGAGGGCUUGACAGGGAGGGAGAUGGGCUGGGGUGGAGGAGGGCUUGACAGGGAGGGAGAUGGGCUGGGGUGGAGGAGGGCUUGACAGGGAGGGAGAUGGGCUGGGGUGGAGGAGGGCUUGACAGGGAGGGAGAUGGGCUGGGGAGGGAGGACAGGCAGUGACGAAGGGAGGUAGUGACAUAGCUGGUUCUCAGCCCCACCUUAAGAGCACUAUGAAUGAGUUUGUCGUUCAGUUCUUAGGUCAAGCCCCUCUAGUUCACGCCCUGCAGUCAGAUUGAUGACAGGGCAGUUUCAGUCCGUUUCUGUCACACGUGCUUCGCUCGAUCCGCUUACAAUUACAGAAUCCCUUUGUGUUUAAAAUGUAUACAGUGCAUUCGUAAAAGUAUUCAGACCCCUUCACAGCCUUGUUCUCAAAUGGAAUAUUAUUUUUUCUUCAUCAAUCUAAACACAAUACCUCAUAAUGACAAAGCAAAAACAGUUAAUUUUAUUUAAAAAUAUAACAACUAUUUAAAAAACGGAAAUAUCACAUUUUGCAUAAGUAUUCAGACCAUUUACUCAGCACUUUGUUGAAGCACCUUUGGCAUCGAUUACAGCCUUGAAUCUUCUUGGGUAUGACGCUACAAGCUUGGCACACCUGUAUUUGGGCAGUUUCUCCCAUUCUUCUCUGCAGAUCCUCUCAAGCUCUGUCAGGUUGGAUGGGGAGCAUCCCUGCACAGCUAUUUUCAGGUCUCUCCAGAGAUAUUAGAUCGGGUUCAAGUCCGGGCUCUGGCUGGGCCACUCAAGGACAUUCAGAGACUUGUCUUGGCUGUGUGCUUAGGGUCGUUGUCCUGUUGGAAGGUGAACCUUCGCCCCAGUCUGAGGUCCUGAGUGCUCUGGAGCAGGUUUUUAUCAAGGAUCUCUCUGUAUUUUGCUCCGUUCAUCUUUCCCUUGAUCCUGACUAGUCUCCCAGUCCCUGCUGCUGAAAAACAUCCCCACAGCAUGAUGCUGCCACCACCAUGCUUCACCGUAGGUAUGGUGCCAGGUUACCUCCAGACGUGACACUUGGCAUUCAGGCCAAAGAGUUCAAUCUUGGUUUCAUCAGAUCAGAGAAUCUUGUUUCUCAUGGUCUGAGUCCUUUAGGCGCCUUUUGGCAAACUCCAAGUGGGCUGUCAUGUGCCUUUUACUGAGGAGUGGCUUCCGUCUGGCCACUCUACCAUAAAGGCCUGAUUGGUGGAGUGCUGCAGAGAUGGUUGUCCUUCUGGAAGGUUCUCCCAUCUCCACAGAGGAACUCUGGAGCUCUGUCAGAGUGACCAUUGGGUUCUUGGUCACCUCCCUGACUAAGGCCUUUCUCCCCCGAUUGCUCAGAUUGGCCGGGCGGCCAGUUCUAGGAAAAGUCUUGGUGGUUCCAAACGUCUUCCAUUUAAAAAUGAUGGAGGCCACUGUGUUCUUGGCGACCUUGAAGGCUGCAGAAAUGUUUUGGUACCCUUCCCCAGAUCUGUGCCUCGACACAAUCUUGUCUCAGAGCUCUACGGACAAUUCCAUCGACCUCAUGGCUUGGUUUUUGCUCUGACAUGCACUGUCAACUGUGAGACCUUAUAUAGACAGGUGUGUGCCUUUCCAAAUAAUGUCCGGGAAGAGCAGUUCCGUCUUGUCGAGGUUGAACUUGAGGUGGUGGGCCGACAUCCAAGCUGAGAUAUUUGCCAGGCACGCAAGAGAUGCUUGUCGCCACCUGGGUGUCUGAAGGGGGGGGAAGGAGAAAAGUAGUUGAGUGUCAUCCACAUAGCAAUGAUAGGAGAGACCAUGUGAGGAUAUGACGGAGCAGAGUGACUUGGUGUAUAGAGAGAAGAGGAGAGGGCCUAGAACCGAGCCCUGGGGGACACCAGUAGUGAGAGGACGUGGUGCAGACACAGAUCCUCUCCACGCCACCUGGUAGGAGCGGCCUGCCAGGUAAGAUGCAAUCCAAGAGUGUGCAGAGCCUGAGACGCCCAACCCUGAGAGGGUGGAGAGGAGGAUUGGAUGGUUCACGAUGUCGAAGGCAGCUGAUAGAUCUAGGAGGAUGAGAACAGAGGAGAGAGAGAGUCAGCUUUGGCAAUGUGGAGAGCCUCCGUGACACAGAAGAGCAGUCUCGGUUGAGUGACCAGUCUUGAAGCCUGACUGGUUAGGGUCAAGAAGAUCAUUCUGAGAGAGAGAUAGCGUGAGAGUUGAUCAGAGACAGCACGCUCAAGUGAGUCGAGUGUUGGUUUCUUGAGGAGGGGAGCAACUCUGACCAUUUUGAAGUCAGAGGGGAUGCAGCCAGUAGUCAGGAAUGAGUUGAUGAGGGAUGGGAGAAGGUCUCCAGAGAUGGUCUGGAGGAGGGGAUGGGGUCGAGCGGGCAGGUUGUCGGGCGGCCAGACCUCACUAGUCUCAGGAUGUCAUCUGGAGAGAGAGGGGAGAAAGAGGUCAAGGCGUAGGGUAGUUCUGUGUGAGUGAGACUCAAUAGGUUGAGUGAAUGAGUAGCGGAUGUCAUCAACCUUGUGGUUGACAAAGUCGUCCGCAGAGAGGGAAGAGGGAGGGGAGGUGUGGAGGAUUUAAGGAGGGAGGAGAAGGUGGAAAAGAGAUUCCUAGGGUUGAAAUGUAGUGGUAGAAAGGGGCUUUAGCAGCGGAUACAGAGUAAGAGUAGGUAGAGAGGAGGGAGUGAGAGGAUGAUAGGUUCUCCAGACGUUUAGUUUUCCUCCAUUUUCGCUCAGCUGCCCGCAGCCCUGUUCUGUAAGUUGGCAAUGAGUCGCUCAGCCACGGAGCAAGAGGGGAGGGCCGAGCCGGCCGGGAGGAAAGGGGACGGUGUGAGUCAUCUAGAGCCUCCCAUACCAUACUGCCUCCCAGUCUCUAGAGCCUCCCAUACCAUUACUGCCUCCCAGGCUCUUCUCUAUAGGACUAAUGCCCUUUGAGACGGUCUUACCUCUGAAGAUCAGCUGUGCCCCGGCCUCUAUUAUUGUCCAGUCCAGACCUGGGCCUGAAUUAAUAAGAUGUAGAAAAUUGAUAUUAAUAAAGCAUCUCAGAGUAGGAGUGUUGAUCUAGUAUCAGGUCCUCCCUCUCCAUAUCGUCUUAUUCAUUAUAUGAUCUAAAAGGCUAAACUGAUCCUAGACCAGCCACUAACCGUUGGGCUCUCACAGCAGGCGCUCUCACUCUGUGUUACCAGCCCCUCCCUUUCACCCUGCCCUCCCGGCCCUGGCCCUAACCCCCCGGUGGUGGCCUCUGUCCCCUCGCUGCCCCUGUUUGACCUGAGGUAAAAACACAGUGCCUGGGAGUCAUCUCACCCAUGGUGUCUGGGUCACCCUCACCCACGGAACCUCACUACCUUGAGGCCAGGGACUCACUCACUCUGACUGGGUCAUCAACGGUGUCUUAGGUUAACCACAGGACCUUGGGGCAUCACCACAGUGUCUGGUUAACCACAGGACCUUGGGGCAUCACCACGGUGUCUGGUUAACCACAGGACCUUGGGGCAUCACCACAGUGUCUGGUUAACCACAGGACCUUGGGGCAUCACCACGGUGUCUGGUUAACCACAGGACCUUGGGGCAUCACCACAGUGUCUGGUUAACCACAGGACCUUGGGGCAUCACUGAGAGAGUCACUGGGAGACUAUGGCAGCGUUUCCCAAACUGGGUGCACAUUUAGAUUUUAGCCUUAGCACUACACAGCUGAUUCAAAUGAUCAAAGCUUGAUGAUAAGUUUAUCAUUUUGAAUCAGCAUUUGAAAAGUGCACACCUGGGGGUUCCCAGGACCGAGUUUGGGAACCACUGGACUAUGGGUUUAGGCACUCGACCAGAAUAGGCCACUCUCCGUCUGGGGCAUUUUCUGUGGCUUAGUGCGGAUCCAGGGAUGGUACCAACUGAGCACAACGUCCUCAAACAACCUCAAAGACAGCACUUCACUUUGCAUGGAAACCUCAUCAGCUCAAAUCUCAAGUUGAAGCUUUUGAGGCACUGUGAGUGACCUCCUGUGAGUUUGUGUAUCGAUAUCUGUCAUCAUCAUCAGAUGUGUGUGGGGUUUCAGUUUGGACUGAGGUGUAUGUUUUUCUCUGUGGUGUCUGCAGGCUGGAGGCAGCGAAGGAUGACUAUCGUAUCCGCUGUGAGGAGUUGGAGAAGGAGCUGACCGAGCUGAGAGGACAGAACGAAGAGCUCACCUCCCUGGCUGAUGAGGCCCAGUCACUGAAGGACGAGAUGGACGUACUCAGGUAGGAACCACCCUACACCCCUAACCCCUAACCCUACACCCUAACCCCUAACCCUAACCCCUAACCCUACACCCUAACCCCUAACCCCUAACCCUACACCCUAACCCCUAACCCUAACCCCUAACCCUACACCCUAACCCCUAACCCUACACCCUAACCCCUAACCCUACACCCUAACCCCUAACCCUGGCUGAUGAGGCCCAGUCACUGAAGGACGAGAUGGACGUACUCAGGUAGGAACCACCCUACACCCUAACCCCUAACCCUACACCCUAACCCUACACCCUAACCCCUAACCCUACACCCUAACCCCUAACCCUACACCCUAACCCCUAACCCCUAACCCUAACCCCUAACCCCUAACCCCCUAACCCUAACCCUACACCCUAACCCCUAACCCUAACCCCUACACCCUAACCCCUAACCCUACACCCUAACCCCUAACCCUACACCCUAACCCCUAACCCUGGCUGAUGAGGCCCAGUCACUGAAGGACGAGAUGGACGUACUCAGGUAGGAACCACCCUACACCCUAACCCCUAACCCUACACACUAACCCCUAACCCUAACCCCUAACCCUACACCCUAACCCCUAACCCUACACCCUAACCCCCUAACCCUACACCCUAACCCCUAACCCUGGCUGAUGAGGCCCAGUCACUGAAGGACGAGAUGGACGUACUCAGGUAGGAACCACCCUACACCCUAACCCCUAACCCUACACCCUAACCCCUAACCCUAACCCCUAACCCUACACCCUAACCCCUAACCCUACACCCUAACCCCUAACCCUACACCCUAACCCCUAACCCUGGCUGAUGAGGCCCAGUCACUGAAGGACGAGAUGGACGUACUCAGGUAGGAACCACCCUACACCCUAACCCCUAACCCUACACCCUAACCCCUAACCCUACACCCUAACCCCUAACCCCUAACCCUACACCCUAACCCCUAACCCUACACCCUAACCCCUAACCCUGGCUGAUGAGGCCCAGUCACUGAAGGACGAGAUGGACGUACUCAGGUAGGAACCACCCUACACCCUAACCCCUAACCCUACACCCUAACCCCUAACCCUGGCUGAUGAGGCCCAGUCACUGAAGGGACUUGAUGGAUGUACUCACACAACUGUGUCUCUGUUUUUCACGAUUGGGGUCAAUUCAAUUGUAAUUUCGGUUUAAUUGGAAUUGACCCCAACCAUGGUAAAACUCCAAGACUUAGUUAACCCAGCUAGUAAGCAUGUAGUGGUCCGCUAGUUGGCCUGCCAUCGACAUAGUUGGCAGCCCACUGGCGGCACAUCGUUUUGCAUAGACACUGACCUCAGCUUGUGCAUGAGUCAUACACACGGCUCUCCCAAGUGGGGCAGUGGUCUAAGGCACUGCAUCGCAGUGCUAACUGUGCCACUAAAGAUCCUGGUUCGAAUCCAGGCUCUGUCGCAGCCGGCCGCGACCGGGAGACUCAUGGGCGGCGCACUAUUGGCCCAGCGUUGUCCAGGGUAGGGGAGGGAAUGGCCGGCAGGGAUGUAGCUCAGUUGAUAGAGCAUGGCGUUUGCAACGCCAGGGUUGUGGGUUCGAUUCCCACGGGGGGCCAGUAUAAAAAAAUAUAUAUGUAUUCACUAACUGUAAAUACAGACACUCGUCAGACAAGGCCUCCAAGCUGGAGGGCAUGGUGGCGUCCUAUAAGAAGAAGCUAGAGGACCUGGGAGACCUGAGGAGGCAGGUCAAGCUCUUAGAGGAGAAGAACACUGUGUACAUGCAGAACACUGUCAGUCUGGAGGAAGAAGUACGCAAGGCCAACACCACCAGAGGACAGCUGGAGACCUACAAGAGACAGGUAUGGAUGGAGACUGAACACAGGUGGAUGGAGAAACAGACACACACAUAGAGAGAGAGAGAGUUGAACAUUGAGUGGCCUUGUUGUCCCCAGGUGGUAGAGCUGCAGAACAGGCUGUCUGAGGAGUCUAAAAAGACAGACAAGAUGGAGUUUGAAUACAAGAGACUCAAGGAGAAGGUGGACUCUCUCCAGAAAGAAAAAGAUGUAGGUGCAACAAUGGUUCAUUUCACUUUACAGGACUGCACAGAACUACAGGUCAACAUUGACUUUCCAUUGUCAACCAGUCAUCUGUAAUAACAGAAGGGGAGUAUGAACAGGAAACAGUCUGUAACAACAGAUAUCUCUCUCUCUCUCUCUCUCAUCUCGAAUCUCUCUCAGCUACUCUCUCAUCUCUCCUCUCUCCUCUCUCUUCUCUCUUCUCUCUCUCUCCCCUCUCUUUCUCUCUCUCUCUCAUUCUCUCUCUCUCUCUCUCUCUCUCUCUCUCUCUCUUUCUUUCUCUCUCCUCUCGCUCUCCUCCCCCCCCUCUCCAGCGGAUGAGGUCAGAGAGAGACUCACUAAAGGAGACCAUUGAGGAGCUGCGUUUUGUUGAGGCUCAGGAAGGACAACUCUCUACAGGUAACAGUCACUCAGACACACUCCUGCUCUGUUUAUCCUCCCCUGCUGUCUAACGUAACGUCUUUUGUGUUUCUCCAGGCAUGGUUGCACUCGACAGUAACGAGGGCUCUGAUUCGCUGGCUGCAGAGAUCGUCACCCCAGAGAUCAGGUAUGAUUUGUUGAGCCCCCCACACAUUCCACAGCCCCCCAGACCUGAAUCCUGCAUAUUACAUUCACCCAUAAUGCAGCUCACACAAUGUUUACUUUCAUCCAACAGGCUCUUUCGUGCUGCGAGGAAUGUUGAAAUCUACCAUUUUUCUGUUGUGUUUAUUUACACCCAGUCCUCACACUGACGUGUGUUAUCUGUUAUCAUACUGUCUAAACAUUUCAAAGAUUAGUACUCUGUUUCCGUUAGAUACCCAUAUGUUAAUAAAUCCUUCUCAAUGCUCAUUAACUUUGUGACCACUUCAAAGAAAUACACUAAACCAAUUAGACCGCUCUCUUCUUUUCUGGCCGCUUCCCCUCUAGUCGGUUUGACAUUCUCCAUUCUGCUCAGCCAGAUACACUACAUGACCAAAAGUAUGUGGACACCUGCAUCUCAUUCCAAAAUCAUGGGCAUUAAUAUGGAGUUGGUCCCCCCCUGUGCUGCUAUAACAGCCUCCACUCUUCUGGGAAGGCUUUCCACUAGAUGUUGGAACAUUGCUGCGGGGACUUGCUUCCAUUCAGCCACAAGAGCAUUAGUGAGGUCGGGCACUGAUGUUGGGCGAUUAGGCCUUGGCUCACAGUCGGCGUUCCAAUUCAUCCCAAAGGUUUUUGAUGGCCUAGCCCGAACCAUGCAAAACAGCCCCAGACCAUUAUUCCUCCUCCACCAAACUUUACAGUUGGCACUAUGCAUUGGGGAAGGUAGCGUUCUCCUGGCAUCAGCCAAACCCAGAUUUGUCCGUCGGACUGCCAGAUGGUGAAGCGUGUUUCCACUUCACAAUAACAGCACUUACAGUUGACCGGGGCAGCUCUAGCAGGGCAGAAAUUUGACGAACUGACUUGUUGGAAAUGUGGCAUCCUAUGACGGUGCCACGUCGAAAGUCACUGAGCUCCUCUUCAGUAAGGCCAUUCUACUGCCAAUGUUUGUCUAUGGAGAUUGCAUGGCGGUGUGCUCGAUUUUACACACCUGUCAGCAACGGGUGUGGCUGAAAUAGCCGAAUUCACUAAUUUGAAGGGGUGUCCACAAACUUUGGUACAUAUAGUGUAUGAUUAGGGCUUCAAGACCUUUCUUUUUGUGCUCUGUAGAAGGCUGAUGAGUGGCCUGGCUAGGUAAUGUAUUAUAGACUGAUGAGUGGCCUGGCUAGGUAAUGUAUUAUAGACUGAUGAGUGGCCUGGCUGGGUAAUGUAUUAUAGACUGAUGAGUGGCCUGGACUAGGUAAUGUAUUAUAGACUGAUUAGUAGCCUGCUGGGUAAUGUACUAUAGAACUGUGAGAGGAUCACGUACAAACACAAUGAUAUCCUUGGGCAUGCUAUAGUCCUCUAAUGCUGGUGGAGAAGUAUGUGCGCUAGUGCUUAAGAAUUUCCAUAGACUAUGUGCCAAUGUGGGCUGGUCCCUCUGCCAUGUCCUCUGGUGACAAUGUUGCGGACUGAGUCCAUGCCUGUCUCUGUGACGAUGCUGCGCCUGGUCCAGGUCUGCCUCUCUGACAUGUGCGGCCUGGUCCUUGUCUUGCUGAUAAUGCUGCGGACUGGUCCCUUGCACUUGUCCUCUGUGUACAAAUGCUGCGGUCUGUGCCCUCUGCCAUGUCAUCUGUGACAAUGCAACGCUGAGCCUGGUCCCUCUGAUGCCUCUGUGAUAAUGCCGCGGCCUGGUCCCUCUGCCGUCCUCUGUGAUAAUUGCUGCGGCUGGUCCCUCUGCCUGUCCUCUGUGAUAAUGUGCGGCCUGGUCCCUCUGCCUGUCCUCUGUGAUAAUGCUGCGGCCUGGUCCCUCUGCCUGUCCUCUGUGAUAAUGCCGCGGCCUGGUCCCUCUGCCUGUCCUCUGUGAUAAUGCCGCGGCCUGGUCCCUCUGCCUGUCGUUUUCUUCAGUGUGCUGGAGUGCAUUAGUCUUCCAGAUGACAAGUACCAAAUCCAACAACUCAAGCUUCCUAGUAAAGGCCUCAUGUUGUUCCACCACGACUGUUGACCCUCUUCCUUGUAACUGUCAGAUUUAAUCCGUUUUAAGUGACAGAAUAUGUCAGCCCAAAAAAAGCAGUGGUGUGUAGCUUGCAGUUAACGCUUCAGUGUUUCUACGUCCUGUCUGGGGAGGGAAAGGCCACUUUGCUUAGAUUCAUAAUGACGUCUGAGAUUGAAUUAUUUGCAAACGGUGACAUUUUCAUUGCAAAUAAGACAGACUGGCUUGGCAUUGGGAAAAGAUGGUGAGAUGAACACCUACACUACCGUUCAAAAGUUUGGGGUCACUUAGAAAUGUCCUUGUUUUCGAAAGAAAAGCAGUUUCUUUGUCAAUUUUAAAUAAAUUGAUCUGAAAAACAGUGUAGACAUUGUUCAUGUUGUAAAUGGCUAUUGUAGCUGGAAACGGCUGAUAUUUUUUUGUUGUUGAAUAUCUACAUAGGCGUACAGAGGCCCAUUAUCAGCAACCAUCAGUCCUGUGUUCCAAUGGCACGUUGUGUUUGCUAAUCCAGGUUUAUCAUUUUAAAAGGCUAAUUGAUCAUUAGAAAACCCUUUUGCAAUUAUGUUAGCACAGCUGAAAACUGUUGUGCUGAUUAAAGAAGCAAUAAAACUGGCCUUCUUGAGACUUGUCGAGUAUCUGGAGCAUCAGCAAUUGUGGGUUCAAUUACAGGCUCAAAAUGGCCAGAAACAAAUAACUUUCUUCUGAAACACGUCAGUCUAUUCAUGUUCUGAGAAAUGAAGGCUAGUCCAUGCGAGAAAUUGCCAAGAAACUGAAGAUGUCGUACAACGCUGUGUACUACUCAGUUCACAGAACAGCGCAAACUGGCUCUAAUCAGAAUAGAAAGAGGAGUGGGAGGCCCCGGUGCACAACUAAGCAAGAGGACAAAUACAUUAGUGUUUAGUUUGAGAAACAGACGCCUCACAGGUCCUCAACUGGCAGCUUCAUUAAAUAGUACCCGCAAAACACCAGUCUCAACAUCAACAGUGAAGAGGCGACUCGGGGAUGCUGACCUUCUAGGAAGAGUUGCAAAGAAAAAGUCCAGUGUCUGUGUUCUUUUGCACGUCUUAAUCUUUUAUUUUUAUUGGCCAGUCUGAGAUAUUACUUUUUCUUUGCCAGCAGUGAUUUAUAGAUGACCUGGAGCCAGUGGGUUUGGUGACGAAUAUGUAGUGAGGGCCAGCCAACAAGAGAGUACAGGUCACAGUGGUGGGUAGUAUAUGGGGCUUUGGUGACAAAACGGAUGGCACUGUGAUAGACUACAUCCAAAUGUUUUUGUGCUGGUCAAGGGCAGUCAAGUCUGAGGAGAACCAGGGGCUAUAUCUGUUGACGUUGAGACUGGUGUUCUGCGGGUACUAAAACCUUUCAACAAAAUUGGGAUCGUUAAUGUUAAGAAAAAAAAUCCCUAACCGAAAAACAAAACGUAAAUCAAAAUGUGCAGUUUUAUCACAAAACCUAUUAUUUCCCAUGUUAUAUCCUAACUAGACGAUCGGCUGUAAGGGCCUGGGGAAAGUUGUGUCAUUGAAAUAAAACCAGAGAGGAAGAUGUGAACUUUAGGCUUCUUUUGAUUAAUUAGCGAUGCAUGUAAGACAAGACAUUGCCAGAUACAGAUGACCGUUGUUUCUGCCUGUUCUCUCUCCCUUGCGUUGUCUCACCUGCUCUUUUCUCCGCUAAUGAGUUCAUUCUUCAGUCUCUUGUGUAUAACAGAUCCCAGCCUAUUCAUUUCACUUUGCGAGGUGGAAUGGAGGUAAUGGUAGUACAGGUGCAUCUGAAAGGGACCCACUGUGAGUCAUACGCAAUAGCAUGUUCUGCAUUAUGAAUUCACCUGAAAUGUUAUGAAUUCUUCUUAUCGUUUUAACGGAAAACUGAUUGUUUUCUUUAUUUUUAUUUUUAUGUGUCCAUUUGUCACAUUUCUACAUGUUAAUCUGGCCCUGUGUUCUGUUCCAGAGAGAGGCUGAUCAUUUACAUUUUAGUCAUUUAGCAGACGCUCUUAUCCAGAGCGACUUACAGGAGCAAUUAGGGUUAAGUGCCUUGCUCAAGGGCACAUCGACAGAUUUUUCACCUAGUCAGCUCAGGGAUUAGAACCAGCGACCUUUCGGUUACUGGCACAACGCUCUUAACCACUAAGCUACCUGCCGCCCCAUCAGACAGUAAUGUGUUGUGGUGGUCCUCUGUUCCAGAGAGAGGCUGAUCGGACAGUAAUGUGUUGUGGUGGUCCUCUGUUCCAGAGAGAGGCUGAUCAGACAGUAAUGUGUUGUGGUGGUCCUCUGUUCCAGAGAGAGGCUGAUCAGACAGUAAUGUGUUGUGGUGGUCCUCUGUUCCAGAGAGAGGCUGAUCAGACAGUAAUGUGUUGUGGUGGUCCUCUGUUCCAGAGAGAGGCUGAUCAGACAGUAAUGUGUUGUGGUGGUCCUCUGUUCCAGAGAGAGGCUGAUCGGACAGUAAUGUGUUGUGGUGGUCCUCUGUUCCAGAGAGAGGCUGAUCAGACAGUAAUGUGUUGUGGUGGUCCUCUGUUCCAGACAGUAAUGUGUUGUGGUGGUCCUCUGUUCCAGAGAAAGGCCGAUCAGACAGUAAUGUGUUGUGGUGGUCCUCUGUUCCAGAGAGAGUCUGAUCAGACAGUAAUGUGUUGUGGUGGUCCUCUGUUCCAGACAGUAAUGUGUUGUGGUGGUCCUCUGUUCCAGAGAGAGGCUGAUCAGACAGUAAUGUGUUGUGGUGGUCCUCUGUUCCAGACAGUAAUGUGUUGUGGUGGUCCUCUGUUCCAGAGAGAGGCUGAUCAGACAGUAAUGUGUUGUGGUGGUCCUCUGUUCCAGAGAGAGGCUGAUCAGACAGUAAUGUGUUGUGGUGGUCCUCUGUUCCAGAGAGAGGCUGAUCAGACAGUAAUGUGUUGUGGUGGUCCUCUGUUCCAGACAGUAAUGUGUUGUGGUGGUCCUCUGUUCCAGACAGUAAUGUGUUGUGGUGGUCCUCUGUUCCAGACAGUAAUGUGUUGUGGUGGUCCUCUGUUCCAGACAGUAAUGUGUUGUGGUGGUCCUCUGUUCCAGAGAGAGGCUGAUCAGACUGCAGCAUGAGAACAACAUGUUGAAGCUGGCCCAGGAGGGUUCUGACAAUGAGAAGAUCGCUCUGCUGCAGAGCUUACUGGAGGACGCCAACAGGAGGAAGAAUGAACUGGAGACAGAAAACAGGUUCGCGCGCACACACUACACAGACACACACUACACAGACACACACUACACAGACACACACUACACAGACACACACUACACAGACACACACUACACAGACACACACUACACAGACACACAACUACACAGACACACAACUACACAAACACACACUACACAGACACACACUACACAGACACACACUACACAGACACACAACUACACAGACACACAACUACACAAACACACACUACACAGACACACACUACACAGACACACACUACACAGACACACAACUACACAGACACACAACUACACAGACACACAACUACACAGACACACAACUACACAGACACACACUACACAGACACAACUACACAGACACACACUACACAGACACAACUACACAGACACACACUACACAGACACACACUACACAGACACACACUACACAGACACAAGUACACAGACACAAGUACACAGACACAAGUACACAGACACACACUACACAUACACACACUACACAGACUCAAGUACACAGACACAAGUACACAGACACAAGUACACAGACAGACACUACACAGACACAAGUACACAGACACAAGUACACAGACACACACUACACAGACACACACUACACAGACACACACUACACAGACACAACUACACAGACACAACUACACAGACACACACUACACAGACAUACACACACAUUAUGUUCUUCUAUCCUCGUGGGGACCUAAAAUUAAUUUCCAUUCAAAUUCCUAUUUUCCCUAAGCAUAACCAUAACCCUAAACCUAAUCACUAACCCCUUACCCUAAUUGUAACCCUAAACCUAAACCGAACCCCUAAACUUAAAAUAGCCUUUGUCAUCAUGGGGACUUGGGAAAUGUUCCCACCAGGGAGAAUCUUCCUUGUUUUACUAUCCUUGUGGGGACAUUUGGGUAUUUUUUUUCGUAUCUCAGAAAUACUUUUGCAUUGCUAGUUAUAGCCUAAUGUUAGCUAGUUAGCUAACAUUGAACCUAGUUGGUUAGCUUUACCUACUUGCAGAUUCAUGCAUGGUGCAUGGUAUUAUGAGUUGGGAUUAUGGUUCAUUGUUUAGCUAGCUAAACAAUGAACCAUAAUCCUGUGCAUUUGUCACAUGCAUAAUCCUGUGCAUGUGACAAAUAAACUUAGAUUUUAUUUGAUAUAGUGUGUGUUUACCAGAUAUGGUAAUGUAAAGAACAACAUGACCUGCACCAAAGUCAGAUUAGGAUAAAGGCCAAGGACUAGAUAAAGGGUAUUUGACUGAAAUUCAGUGAAUAAUGGUGUCCGUAUUCCAGACUGGCGAACCAGAGACUGAUCCAGGGUCAGAGUCAGGUGGAGGAUCUGCAGAGGAGUCUUCAGGAACAGGGCUCCAAAGCAGACGACGUGAGUACCGCUACACUGAUCUCAGAUCAGAUUAACUCCUGAUCGUAUUACAUUACAACUAUCGGAGCGGUUAUUUUUAAAGAACUGGAAACUACAGAACCCACGACAUCCUGUCGUGCUAUGUGGGUGUUCACAUUAAACUACAGAACCCACGACAUCCUGUCGUGCUAUGUGGGUGUUCACAUUAAACUACAGAACCCACGACAUCCUGUCGUGCUAUGUGGGUGUUCACAUUAAACUACAGAACCCACGACAUCCUGUCGUGCUAUGUGGGUGUUCACAUUAAACUACAGAACCCACGACAUCCUGUCGUGCCAUGUGGUUGUUCACAUUAAACUACGGAACCCACGACAUCCUGUCGUGCCAUGUGGGUGUUCACAUUAAACUACAGAACCCACGACAUCCUGUCGUGCUAUGUGGGUGUUCACAUUAAACUACAGAACCCACGACAUCCUGUCGUGCUAUGUGGGUGUUCACAUUAAACUACAGAACCCACGACAUCCUGUCGUGCUAUGUGGGUGUUCACAUUAAACUACAGAACCCACAACAUCCUGUCAUGCUAUGUGGGUGUUCACAUUAAACUACAGAACCCACAACAUCCUGUCAUGCUAUGUGGGUGUUCACAUUAAACUACAGAACCCACAACAUCCUGUCAUGCUAUGUGGGUGUUCACAUUAAACUACAGAACCCACAACAUCCUGUCAUGCUAUGUGGGUGUUCACAUUAAACUACAGAACCCACGACAUCCGGUAUGUGGGGUGGUUCACAUUAAACUACAGAACCCACGACAUCCUGUCGUGCUAUGUGGGUGUUCACAUUAAACUACAGAAACCCACGACAUCCUGUCGUGCUAUGUGGGUGUUCACAUUAAACUACAGAACCCACGACAUCCUGUCGUGCUAUGUGGGUUGUUCACAUUAAACCUACAGAACCCACGACAUCCUGUCGUGCUAUGUGGGUGUUUCAACCAUUAAACUACAGAACCCACGACAUCCUGUCGUGCUAUGUGGGUGUUCACAUUAAACUACAGAACCCACGACAUCCUGGUCGUGGCUAUGUGGUGUUCACAUUAACUAACAGAACCCACGACAUCCUGUCGUGCUAUGUGGGUGUUCCACAUUAAACUACAGAACCCACGACAUCCUGUCGUGCUAUGUGGGUGUUCACAUUAAACUACAGAACCCACGACAUCCUGUCGUGCUAUGUGGGUGUUCACAUUAAACUACAGAACCCACAACAUCCUGUCGUGCUAUGUGGGUGUUCACAUUAAACUACAGAACCCACAACAUCCUGUCGUGCUAUGUGGGUGUUCACAUUAAACUACAGAACCCACGACAUCCUGUCGUGCUAUGUUGGUGUUCACAUUAAACUACAGAACCCACAACAUCCUGUCGUGCUAUGUGGGUGUUCACAUUAAACUACAGAACCCACGACAUCCUGUCGUGCUAUGUGGGUGUUCACAUUAAACUACAGAACCCACGACAUCCUGUCGUGCUAUGUUGGUGUUCACAUUAAACUACAGAACCCACGACAUCCUGUCGUGCUAUGUGGGUGUUCACAUUAAACUACAGAACCCACAACAUCCUGUCGUGCUAUGUGGGUGUUCACAUUAAACUACAGAACCCACGACAUCCUGUCGUGCUAUGUGGGUGUUCACAUUAAACUACAGAACCCACGACAUCCUGUCGUGCUAUGUGGUUGUUAACGUUAGAUCCUGAUGAGGAGGAUCUUACUGCCACAUCAUGUCAGUUCAUUAUCAUUCUCUUACCUGGCCCAGAAGACCUUUUACUGAUGAGAAAAUAAAGCAACAAGUUACUAAUACUAGUCUGUUUCAUUGUCCUCAUAAGUCAUAACAACUCAUAAACUACCUGGAUGUGUUGUCAUGUCUCACUAACAUUCUAACACUGUGUUGUUGUGUGUGUUCUGUUAUGUCGUCUUACUCAUGUUGUAGCGUUGGGAAGUCAUUGGUUGGUUGUCCUGCCAGCCUACCCCGUUAGGAGGUUAAAGGUCAGGUCAUGUGAAUAGCGGCUCCUGUCUUUCUCUCCUCACUGCAUGACUAACCUAACUGAAAUGCUUCUCUCUCUCUCUCUCUUUCGUUCUCCCUCUUGUCUUCUCUGGGUGUUUUGUCCUGCAUUAAAUCACCCUUAUUUUCUCUUUAAUUCUGCUUCCCCCCUCAGGCGGUUGUAAGUAUAGCUUGCAGAUCAAUCCUAGUUAGACACCUUACCUCUCUGCUCAUAGUGACAAGGUGUAAUAGUUUCAUUCUAUUAUAGUUAUAUUAGUGCUUAAAGGGAUACUUCGGGAUGUUAUCUACUUCCCCCAGAGUCAGAUGAACUCGUGGAUACCAUUUAAUGUCUCUGUGUCCAGUAUGAAGGAAGUUGGAGGUAGUUUUGCGAGCCAAAGCUAACUAGCGUUAGCGCAAUGACUAGGAAGUCUAUGGGUAUGUACUAGCAUGCUAGCAGAUACCCAUAGACUUCCAGUCAUUGCGCUAACGCUAGUUAACAAUUGCUAGUCAGCAACUUCCUUCAAACUGCACGCAGAGACAUGAAAAUGUUAUCCAGGAGUUCAUCUGACUCUGGGGAAGUAGAUAACAUCCCGAAGUAUCCCUUUAAGAAAUGCCUUUUCAAUCUACAGUACAUGCUGGUGGCCUAGAUUGAAAUGAGGGUGCUGCUAAUCUCUAUAGGAGCUUUGUUUCCUAGCUACACUCUUAUGUCAUACCACAUGAGAUAUGCAUCUUAACUGCUUAAUCUGUUCAUACAUGGCGUUUUUAGAAAUGGAAGGAAAAUACAGUAUCAUUUCCAGUACCCUUUCAUUGUCUUCCCAGUAAUCAAAACCUGAAAAUCAAUAUGGCAACAUCAAAUAUGUGUAUUGUCACAUAAUUCCAAUCCAUACAGUAUGAUAUGUAAUAUCUCAAUUGGUAGAGCACGGCGCUUGUAACGCCAGGGUAGUGGGUUCGAUCCCCGGGACCACCCAUACGUAAAAAUGUAUGCACACAUGACUGUAAGUCGCUUUGGAUAAAAGCGUCUGCUAAAUGGCAUAUUAUUAUUAUUAUUAUUAUUAUUAUUAUUAUUAUUAUAUAUCUCAAUGUCUUUAACAUGUUGAAUCAGCAAAGUGAACAUUCACCGCUGUAUAGGCCUACAUGACAUCAUUAGUGCUUUACAAUGCCCUCUGAUGAAAUUACUACAACCAACAUUUUGUAUUUGGAUUUUUUAGUCAAUCAUUCUGAAGAAGAAAAAUGAUGCACACAUGUAAGUAACAUUUGCAACUGUUGUUAAAUGUUAAUGAGUUUUUUUGUUAAAUUAAGAUUGAAGUUUGGUCAGAUCGAUUGAACAUAAUGCUUGUUUGUUUUUGCACAUUACAAGUGAUGACCUGACUUAUGUGCCGUUUCUAAUGCUGAUCUAAAAGGGAGAAGUUGCGUGAAGUGAACAGUGAACUGCAGAAGAAGACUGCGUACAUCGAUGACUUGGAGCCCAAGUACACCUCUAGCUGUAAGUUAUUCAUUUAUUACUUCUGAUUGAACUUGUGAAUUUAAAAUAUAUAAUAUAAUAAUAAAUGACAUUCGUAGAGCGCUUUUCAUUCACAGAUAUAAAUCACAAAGCUCUUUACAUUGAAAGCAACCAUUAAAAUAAAUCAUAUUUAAUAAAAGGACUAAAAACAUGAAGAUAGCUAGCGGUCUAGCACUAUACAAGAUACAGGAGAGACCAAUAGAACUCUAAUCUGUAAUAGAAGACCAAUAGAACUCUAAUCUAUAGUAGAAGACCAAUAGAACUCUAAUAUAUAGUAGAAGACCAAUAGAACUCUAAUCUAUAGUAGAAGACCAAUAUAACUCUAAUCUAUAGUAGAAGACCAAUAGAACUCUAAUCUAUAGUAGAAGACCAAUAGAACUCUGUAGUAGAAGACCAAUAGAACUCUAAUCUAUAGUAGAAGACCAAUAGAACUCUAAUCUAUAGUAGAAUACCAAUAGAACUCUAAUCUAUAGUAGAAGACCAAUAGAACUCUAAUCUAUAGUAGAAGACCAAUAGAACUCUAAUCUAUAGUAGAAGACCAAUAUAACUCUAAUCUAUAGUAGAAGACCAAUAGAACUCUAAACUAUAGUAGAAGACCAAUAUAACUCUAAUCUGUAGUAGAAGACCAAUAGAACUCUAAACUAUAGUAGAAGACCAAUAUAACUCUAAUCUGUAGUAGAAGACCAAUAGAACUCUAAUCUAUAGUAGAAGACCAAUAGAACUCUAAUCUAUAGUAGAAGACCAAUAUAACUCUGUAGUAGAAGACCAAUAGAACUCUAAUCUAUAGUAGAAGACCAAUAGAACUCUGUAGUAGAAGACCAAUAUAACUCUAAUCUAUAGUAGAAGACCAAUAGAACUCUAAUCUAUAGUAGAAUACCAAUAUAACUCUAAUCUAUAGUAGAAGACCAAUAGAACUCUAAUCUGUAAUAGAAGACCAAUAGAACUCUAAUCUAUAGUAGAAGACCAAUAGAACUCUAAUCUAUAGUAGAAGACCAAUAGAACUCUAAUCUAUAGUAGAAGACCAAUAGAACUCUAAUCUAUAGUAGGAGACCAAUAGAACUCUAAUCUAUAGUAGAAUACCAAUAUAACUCUAAUCUAUAGUAGAAGACCAAUAGAACUCUAAUCUGUAAUAGAAGACCAAUAGAACUCUAAUCUAUAGUAGAAGACCAAUAGAACUCUAAUCUAUAGUAGAAGACCAAUAGAACUCUAAUCUAUAGUAGAAGACCAAUAGAACUCUGUAGUAGAAGACCAAUAGAACUCUGUAGUAGAAGACCAAUAGAACUCUAUAGUAGAAGACCAAUAUAACUCUGUAGUAGAAGACCAAUAGAACUCUGUAGUAGAAGACCAAUAGAUCUCUAUAGUAGAAGACCAAUAUAACUCUGUAGUAGAAGACCAAUAGAACUCUGUAGUAGAAGACCAAUAGAACUCUAAACUAUAGUAGAAUACCAAUAGAACUCUGUAGUAGAAGACCAAUAGAACUCUGUAGUAGAAGACCAAUAGAACUCUGUAGUAGAAGACCAAUAGAACUCUGUAGUAGAAGACCAAUAGAACUCUGUAGUAGAAGACCAAUAGAACUCUGUAGUAGAAGACCAAUAUAACUCUAAUCUAUAGUAGAAGACCAAUAGAACUCUAAUCUAUAGUAGAAGACCAAUAGAACUCUGUAGUAGAAGACCAAUAGAACUCUAAUCUAUAGUAGAAGACCAAUAGAACUCUAAUCUAUAGUAGAAGACCAAUAUAACUAUGUAGUAGAAGACCAAUAGAACUAUAAUCUAUAGUAGAAGACCAAUAUAACUCUGUAGUAGAAGACCAAUAUAACUCUGUAGUAGAAGACCAAUAGAACUCUGUAGUAGAAGACCAAUAGAACUCUAAACUAUAGUAGAAGACCAAUAGAACUCUGUAGUAGAAGACCAAUAUAACUCUGUAGUAGAAGACCAAUAUAACUCUGUAGUAGAAGACCAAUAUAACUCUGUAGUAGAAGACCAAUAUAACUCUGUAGUAGAAGACCAAUAGAACUCUGUAGUAGAAGACCAAUAGAACUCUGUAGUAGAAGACCAAUAGAACUCUGUAGUAGAAGACCAAUAGACACCACAACAUGGAUCAUAUUAAGUGAAAGCCAGUUUGAAGAAGUGACUCUUGAGCUCUGACCUUAAAGGCAGUGAGCUCGUUCCAGAGCUGGGGCCGAGACAGCAGAAUGCUCGGUCACCCAUAGUUUUUAAGCGUGUCCUUGCAGUCCCAAAGAGUCUUUGAUCAUUUGACCUGAGUGACCGUGAAGUCUGUUUGGGGCUGAGUUCACUGAGGUAUUGGGGACCAGAGGUGUUGAGUUUUGAGGAGUAACAUGAGGAUUUUGAAGUUGAUUCUGAUUUGGAUGGGUAGCCAGUGGAUAGAGGCUAGAAUGGGGGUGAUGUGGGCAGAUUCCACUCUUUAGGAUGUAAAUCUUUUCGAAGAAGUAGGUGGAGAAUCUUCCGCAGUCCUCUGUGGUUGCAGCGUUGAUGGGUGACAGCUGGUUUGAGUAGGUAAUUAAUGGUGGAAAAGAGGUGGCAUGGAUUAGUAAAUGUGGAUUAUUAGGUUUCAGUAGUAGGUGGACCUGGUGGAUUAUUAGGUUUCAGUAGGUGGACCUGGUGGAUUAUUAGGUUUCAGUAGUAGGUGGACCUGGUGGAUUAUUAGGUUUCAGUAGUAGGUGGACCUGGUGGAUUAUUAGGUUUCAGUAGGUGGACCUGGUGGAUUAUUAGGUUUCAGUAGUAGGUGGACCUGGUGGAUUAUUAGGUUUGAGUAGUAGGUGGACCUGGUGGAUUAUUAGGUUUGAGUAGUAGGUGGACCUGGUGGAUUAUUAGGUUUCAGUAGGUGGACCUGGUGGAUUAUUAGGUUUGAGUAGUAGGUGGACCUGGUGGAUUAUUAGGUUUGAGUAGUAGGUGGACCUGGUGGAUUAUUAGGUUUGAGUAGUAGGUGGACCUGGUGGAUUAUUAGGUUUCAGUAGGUGGACCUGGUGGAUUAUUAGGUUUCAGUAGUAGGUGGACCUGGUGGAUUAUUAGGUUUCAGUAGUAGGUGGACCUGGUGGAUUAUUAGGUUUCAGUAGUAGGUGGACCUGGUGGAUUAUUAGGUUUCAGUAGUAGGUGGACCUGGUGGAUUAUUAGGUUUCAGUAGGUGGACCUGGUGGAUUAUUAGGUUUCAGUAGUAGGUGGACCUGGUGGAUUAUUAGGUUUCAGUAGUAGGUGGACCUGGUGGAUUAUUAGGUUUCAGUGAGGUCAGAGAUGGCAAGCUCGCCUAUGAUGACAAGGUCUAAUGUAUGAUUGUGGGUGAGAACAAAUAUAUACAAUUUAGACUAGGCAGAUGCUUUUGUCCAAAAUGAUUUAGCUGUAAAUUCUCAAUCUGUUACCAACUCGUGAAUUUCUAUUAACUUAGUCUUUGUUUUGUCUCUCCUUCCAGCCCAGAAAGUAGAGGAACUGGAAGAGGCCUUAAAGAAGAAGGAUGAAGACAUGAAGCAGAUGGAGGAGAGAUAUAAGAAGUACCUGGAGAAGGCCAAGAGUGUUAUCCGGACCCUGGACCCUAAACAGAACCAGGGCUCAGCACCAGAGGUCCAGACCUUGAAGAACCAGCUGCAGGAGAAGGAUAGGAUGCUGCACUCUCUGGAGGUAGGAGGGGCUGGGUUAGGGUGUAGGGGUUAGGAUGUAGGAGGUAGGGUUAGGUCCAGACCUUGAAGAACCAGCUGCAGGAGAAGGAGAGGAUUCUGCACUCUGGAGGUAUGAGGGGUUAGGGUGUAGGGGUUAGGGUUGGUGAGGGGAUGGAGGGAGGAGGGGUUAGGGUAGGGGUUGGUGAGGGGAUGGAGGGAGGGAGGGAGGGGGGGGAGGAGGAGAGGGGAGGGUUUAGAGGAGGGGAUAGGAUGGAGGGUGGAGGAGGGGUUAGGAUUGGGGUAGGUGUAGGGGACAGUAAUAUUUAUCAUGUAUGAUAUUAUAAAUACCUCACAUGCUACUCAAAAUAAGACUAAGCUAUUAGCCUAUUAAAAUGUUUGUCUAACUCCAUAGGGUUGGGGAGGGGUUAGGGUUGGGGAGGGGAGGGGAUGGAGGAGGGGAUGGUGGUAAUACCAACCAGACCUGGGCAGAAAAUAGUUGUAUUUCGUAGUUUAUUUGAAAAUACCAACUUUUCAAAUACUCGAGGUAGUCGAAUAAAGUUUAUAAAGAGUUUCAACUAAAGGCAACUAGUUUCUCUGAUAUUCAAAUACAGGUCUCAGAUACAGGUCUCAGAUACAGGUCUCAGAUACAGGUCUCAGAUACAGGUCUCAGAUACAGGUCUCAGAUACAGGUCUCAGAUACAGGUCUCAGAAAACCAAAUCAUAUUUGAAGGUAUUUUAAUAAAUGAAAGUUAUUUGGGGGAAAAAACAGAACAUUAUUUGAUGACUGUCAAAUAUUUGAUGAAGAACCAAAAAAAACGACAACAGUUAGUUGAAUAAAUAUAUGCUCACAAGCACAUGGUUUGGACGACUCUCCGAUAUGAAUCUUAAUAUAGCCCAGAAUGCAAUACCUGAGGGACAUAGAAUCACCUCAGCAUUAGAGUAGAUCCCUUCUGCAGCUUCAAAAUGACUAACAAAUAUAUUUUCAUAAUGUGUGACAUAAAGUAAUACAGUAACACUUGACAUAUUACGUUUUUAUACAUGUUUAUAAGGUUGUGAUGAUGACACAAAGACAUUGUUGUCACAUGGGACUUUGUAAAUGUCUUUAUGAUGUCAUAAUAAUGGAGUUAUUACCUCAGUGGAAUAAGGAACAGUCACUAUUCCUCUAACAAAAACUCUCAGCUCAUUGCUAUGCAAUUAAAAUGCAAUAAAAUGCCAAAUAAAAUGUUUCUCCAAAAGCAAUUCGAGUUUUAUUACAGAGGCACAAGAACAGUUUAAUGUUAAGUGUUACUGGGAAUGCUAACAGUAACAAAAUAUGGCUAUUAAGAGUCGAAAGGAAACUAAUUAUCCCAAAACUGCCUUGAAUCAACUACAGCCCAAGGUAGGUGGAAAAUCAUGUUAGUUUGUAUUUUGAGUAAACUGUCCCUUUAUAGAUGGUACAGUGUGUGUGUUUGAAACAAAAACACUUACCCUCAGAUGGACAAAGACGUUCGAAGUUGUUUUUGCUAAGCAUCUAACUUGCUGUUUGCAAAUGGCUUUCGACCUUUUUAGUGGCAUGUUGAAAGUGUCAUACAGUAGUUGAGCGUCACAACGUAUUUCUACUUACCUGUACAAAAUAUCAUUGGUUAAUUGGUUUGAAUUGAUUGUGUACACCUGCGGCAAUGGAUAUUCAGGAGAAUGGACAUUUACAGAAUGUUCAGAUAGAAAUACAUAGUGUAGAUCCAAUAUGACUGUCAGAUUGGAAUAGUAUAGGAGAUUGUGUUCUAUUCAUUCUAUUUCUACCUUCAACAUGCAGUUCCAGAUACAGCCUUGCCGUUAGUUGAAAGCAGCCAAUCCAAUCGUUUCUGAAAAGUAGUCGCUUACUGAGAUCUGUAUUCAAAUAUUUUUUUGAAGUAGUCACUUUCUAAGAUCUGUAUUCAAAUGGUUUUUAAAAAGUAGUCAUUUUUUUGGGGAUCUGUAUUCAAAUAAUUGUAGUCACCUCCAAAGUAAUUAUUUGUUUCCCCCCCCCCAGAAAUGAGUCACUUUCCAUAAAGCAUAGUUUAAAAAAUAUAGUUAUCCCAAGUCUGAUACUAACUCUACAUUUACCCUCAAUGUCACUGAGUAGACUCAACCCAGUUUACUACUGUUCCUCUGUUGAUCUCCCUCUACAGAAAGACUAUGACAAGACCAAGGCCCAGAGAGACCAGGAGGAGAAACUCAUAGUGUCUGCCUGGUACAACAUGGUGAGUUUUUUUAUAUUGGGACCUGCACUAUAUUACAUUUAUAUUUAGUCAUCGUACUCAAACUCAUAGGGGGUUUCUCAGUAUACACACUACCCUUCUCCACACUCUCUCAUGCAACAAGUGCAUGCCCCGAGGACGUUCUCUCGAGUCUGUUCUUGUGAGGAGUGUGGAGAACGCAUAAAAUAUUCCAUUUGAGAAGCACUACUGUAUUACCUCACGCUGCACCUCCCCAUUCACUGAAGCUUCUUCCAGCCAGGACAAUGGCAACAAUAGAGACCAAACAAGAUAUACACAAAGCAAACGUUUUACUUCAUAAUUAUCAGCUAGCUAUAUGUGAAUCAUAAUAAUGUAGCUAAUCAGAUAGUUUUAUAGGCAAAAAUGACCUAAAACUAAUGUUAUGCAAGGUAGAUGUCAAUUAUUCGUGUGUAGCUUGCUACCGAUUCUUUGUGGCUAUCUGGCUUGCUAACAGUAGUAGCUAGCUAACAGUAGUAGCUUGCUAACAGUAGUAGUUAGCUAACAGUAGUAGCUUGCUAACAGUAGUAGUUAGCUAACAGUAGUAGCUAGCUAACAGUGGUAGUUAGCUAACAGUAGUAGCUAGCCAGUUGGCCCUAUUGACUUACUAUUGUCUUGCGAUCUACGAACACUACAGUGGGUAUUGUAGGCAGGUAGACAUGCCCAAAUUAACACAGAAUGUAUUUAUUAACGUAUCAAGAUAAAAUACUGUAGUCAGGCAACAUAUGAGAUGUGAAUAGGCAACAUUUCAUUCUGAAAUCGGUAUUUUCUCUCUCUUCAGCUCAAAUAAUGGCCUCCGUUGAUUUCAAUACAUUUUACGUUGUUUUUUUUACGUGGUUGCGUCAUCUUUCUGUCCAUACUUUUCCAUGAAGCUUGCAUCGACGCAUGCUUCAAAAUGUGGACAAGCGGCGAACCCAUCCGAGAAGGGCCAUCCGUACCCAUCCGAGAAGGGCCAUCCGUACCCAUCCGAGAAGGGCCAUCCGUACCCAUCCGAGAAGGGCCAUCCGUACCCAUCCGAGAAGGGCCAUCCGUGCUCCAAGCGGCGGACCCAUCCGAGAAGUGCCAUCCGUACCCAUCCGAGAAGGGCCAUCCGUGCUCCAAGCGGCGGACCCAUCCGAGAAGUGCCAUCCGUACCCAUCCGAGAAGGGCCAUCCGUGCUCCAUUUCACAUACUUGGAUUUGGACUCAUGCGCCUACCAUCAAAUCAAAUCAAAUCAAAUUUUAUUGGUCACAUGCGCCGAAUACAACAGGUGCAGACAUUACAGUGAAAUGCUUACUUACAGCCCUUAACCAACAGUGCAUUUAUUUUUAACAAAAAAAGUUAAAAUAAAACAACAACAAAAAAAGUGUUGAGAAAAAAGAGCAGAAGUAAAAUAGAAUAACAGUAGGGAGGCUAUAUAUACAGGGGGGUACCGGUGCAGAGUCAAUGUGCGGGGGCACCGGCUAGUUGAGGUAGUUGAGGUAAUAUGUACAUGUGGGUAGAGUUAAAGUGACUAUGCAUAAAUAAUUAACAGAGUAGCAGCAGCGUAAAAAGGAUGGGGUGGGGGGGCAGUGCAAAUAGUCAGGGUAGCCAUGAUUAGCUGUCAGGAGUCUUAUGGCUUGGGGGUAGAAGUGCUCGGAUACUGAAAAACACCCAUAUUGUCUGCCUGGUAAAACACGGUGAGUUUUUAUAUUGUACCAGCACUUUAUUACCACAGAUGUUUCACCGGAUGUAUAAAUAAAUCUGAACCCAUCCGUUUGACGUUUCCACUCACUACCAAAUAUGGUGUUGAGAGGAAGCCCGGUGGCUGGCAGUGGGAGAAGAUGGAGCGAGAUGGAUUCCUGGACGACAUUCUGCACAUUUUCUCAUCGAACAUUUGAUCUCAAUACAGUUUUCUGUUCCCAAAACUUCAAUCUGUUAUGAACAGAGUGGACUACGUUUUGUAGACUUUACCCUUUUGCCAGAGUUUCAAUAAAUUGCAUUGUUUACAAGGAGUACAAGGGUGAAUUUAGUUAUCGCACAUGCACACUUCACAGAGUAGGCGAUCCCUAACGGAAAUAUGCAAAUACAUGCUAGAACGUUCCAAUAGGAUCUCGCUAGCUCGUGCUUGGCUCUGGCCCUCAUUGCUUGUUCUGCCCACUACGAUUAAUUUGCUCCCAUUAGAAACAACAGGCUGUGGUCAAUCUUGGGUUAGUUAUAAAAAUCUUUGAUAUUACAUUGUUACUCAUCUCAAACACUGGAGGGCGCUGUAGGAUUUCCUAUGCCACUUGAAAUUAAAACUCCAUGGAUAUAAAAAGCAAGGUAUCGUGGUGCUUGCUUCAGUGUUUUGAUUCAAAAAUGAGAAAACUCACACAUGGCAGACGCAGGGGAUUUAACCAAGGUCUUAGUGAAGCCACUGAGUGACCAUCCCACUUUGUCUGUCCCCACAGGGUAUGGCUCUCCAGAAGAAGGCAGCAGAGGACCGUCUGGCCAGUACGGGUUCAGGACAGUCCUUCCUGGCCCGCCAGAGACAGGCUACCAGCACACGCCGCUCCUACCCCGGUUACCCGGGACCCCAGUCCGCCACCGCCAGGUAGACAUGGCGCCACGACCCUUCACCCCUGACCCUUCCCCUGACCUUUGACCCUCCAGGCCAGGUACCACCACGGCGCCGGGUAGACAUGGCACCCUUGCCCCUACCUGACCCUUUUUCCUCGACCCCUGACCCUCCAGAUGUCCAUCAGACAGUCCGGUUCUAUGGAUGUCGGCUCAGCUCAGUAAUCCAGACAGCGUUCACUGGAGUGGUUCAGGUUAAACCUCUACUCUCCUUUGUUCUCCUCCUCAGUCCUUCAGUCUCUCUUUAAAUCUGGACUACCUGGAUUUAUUAUUAUUAUUAUUAUUAU